CUCAUGGUCGGUCGGUGUCUAGAUAGAGUGUCUGCUGCUCAUUACGCCCACCUACGAGCGCGAAUGCGUUCAGAAUCAGACCAGCGGGUGUUAAUUGACUAAUUUGAUCAUGGCCUGUUGCUAAUGUUUCUUCACGCACCAUUUCCGUGAAGGGCCGGACUCACAACUCAUCUCUCAGCAAGUCGACUGCUCGUGCGGUCACCUGUCAGUAGCCAUUCGAUUUCACUGCCGCACACUCUCCACUCUCUCUCAAAUACAACAAAGCCAAAUUAACAGCAGACGGCAGUAAAAGAGCCCGAGGGCUGGGGGAGGCAGCUGGAAGCCAGUCAAUUUUUCCAAUUUGGUCUUCAUCACUUCAGUUGACAAUAAAGACCACUUAACCAAUUAAAGCACUUCGAGGGCCUAAACGCAAACAAAGCGCCACGAGGAUGUCUCUAAAAGCUACGAUGCAACACUGUCGACUGCAGUUUCGCGUUCGUCGUCCGAUGGGUUCGGAGGACUGCAGCAUUAAGGGGGAGACGUUUAGUGAGCAGAGCAUGGAGCAUCGCAAUCCCUUCUUGGCGUCGUGGCACGGCCCGUUGCCCCCUCCGAUGACCGGUUAUCUCAGCACUUAUCCGCAUCAGCCGUACGGGCAGCCACAUUGUGUCAAUCCACCACUCGAGCAAGCCUCACCGACCAGUCCGAUGUCGUGCGCGUCGCCCGUCUCGGCUCACUACCCUGGAUUUCUCAGCAAUCGCGGAUUCGUCUCCAAGAUUAGUUCGCCUGGACCGGUCAUUCGCAGUCCGGUCACUGUCCCUCCGCCUGGGCAUCGCUUCUUUCCACCAUCGCGCUAUGCAAGAGAGGCGACAUACGGAAUGAAUCCGAAUAGGAGACUCAGCGAUGGCGCAAUGUAUCCCGAGGAGGCCGGAUUUCCUACGUAUUAUCCGCCGUACGGCAGCCAGCUAGUGCGACGACAGCCGCAGAACUGCAAACGACGGCGCGCUCGCACCGUCUUCACGAGUAGUCAGCUAGGAUGCCUCGAGUCGCACUUCGAAAAGCACAAGUAUCUCACAGCGGCCGACAGAGCUGAACUGGCGGCGACAUUGGAUCUGACAGAAGCGCAGAUAAAGACGUGGUUUCAGAAUCGACGCACUAAAUGGAAGAAGAUGCUGUCUCUAGCACCUAAAGAAGAGAUGGAUAGAGAGGGUGUCGUUGAUGCUGACUGACUAGAGGUCGGCAUUCAGUCACCCGUUUGGGCCUGCACAGCAAAACAACACAUUUCUAAGGGAGGAAAAGACGCGUGUAUCAUAGAGUGACUCUCUUGACUUCCAAACACCAGAAUUGUAUGUAAAGUAGCGAGUAUCUAAGCGACUGUAGAGCUUGCUCGAUUUGCUCUAAUCUCUGUAUGAUAAUUAGUGCUAAGCGCCGCGAACAGCUUGCCGUUUACAUCUUUUCUGUGCGUACUCGUGUAAGGCAGAGGUAGCGCCACUUUUCGUGAGUGAAUAUGUGGUUGUGUGACGCUUUGUUAGCGAGAGAUUUGCGUUCUUGCGUCCGCCUUGUUUAGGCGCCCGACUCAGCUGAGGAGUGUCCGGGUGGACACCUUUUGUCAAAUGCUCGAUGGCGUUGACUGACAAUUCUUACUAUUAUCGACACGCGUGCACCUGUUCUCGUGUCAGUAUCGUUUCUUUGUGUUUGCGUCUCGGCUGUUCGACGUUUAGCGUCGCUUCGACGGUGGCACAAUAUGACAAUAGAUUG